AUGGAGACGCAAGGCCCAGCGGCGCAGCUACGUGAGCUGAUGGGACGGGAGAGCGCCAAGACGCGGUUGCGGCGGCUUGCUUCCCACGCGCCGGUCGCGUUCAACCCCGUAUGCCCGCACACGACCGAGACGGCGUGCAGCGAAUCCAAUGGAGACGCCUGCUCCCAUGUCCACUUCCAGCCCAUCAUGCGGCCGUAUACCGACCCGAGUCUCGGCCACUGCUCGUAUCUCAACAUGUGCUAUGGCGAACCGCUGUUCGCAGGUAACCCGAGCCUUGGCGAGUCGGGUGGUGGGACCAAGUUUGGGACCAAGGAGUGUCGAUACCUCCAUUUCCAAGUCACUCCGGCGGCGGCAUACCACACCGAAUCGCCACCACUCACAACGCCAAUUCCCCUCCCCGCCCCUGCUCGCGCCCUCCGCGCCCCUCCUCGGCCGGGGACAGCGCAAUGGGUUAACUGCGACAUACGCAAUUUCGAUUUUAGCGUCCUGGGACAGUUCCAAGUAAUCGUGGCCGAUCCACCGUGGGACAUCCACAUGUCUCUUCCAUACGGUACGAUGACGGACGACGAAAUGCGUUCUCUGCCCCUCGCCUCUCUCCAACCUGACUGGGGCAUUCUCGCGCUCUGGGUCACUGGGCGCGCAAUGGAACUCGCUCGAGAGCUGCUCAACGUGUGGGGAUAUGUGCGGGUCGACGAGCUCGUGUGGCUCAAGACCAACCAGUUACAGCGGCUUAUUCGGACCGGACGCACAGGGCAUUGGCUGAACCAUACCUGCGAGCAUUUACUGGUUGCUUUGAAGCGGCCCGUUGGGUGGCCGAGGGAGCGCGGCGUUCCCUGGGAGAAGGCGGACCUGCGCGCUCUCAGACGGGGUGUGGAUACUGACGUGGUCGUCGCUGAGGUCCGCGAAACUUCGCGCAAACCGGACGAGGUGUAUGGCGUUAUCGAGCGCCUGGCGCCACACGGUAGAAAGCUCGAGCUCUUCGGGCGCAAACACAAUAUCCGCCCUGGGUGGCUGACCCUCGGUAACCAGUUGCGCGACUCGCAGAUCACCGAGCCCGACCUCCAUGCGCGCCUGUGUGCGCGCUACCCGGACCAGACGUUCACUCUUGUACAGUAA